ACAUUGCGCGAUUUGUCGCCUCUCCGUGGAACGCCAACGCUUCCGUGGUUAGCUUACGUAGCAUCGUUCUCCUACGUGUGUGUUUUUAAAAGAUGAAUACAGUUAUUUCACGAGCAAAUGCGAUAUUUGCAUUCACCUUAAGCGUUCUUACGGCGCUGACAUUCAUUUGCUUCCUAUCAACAGCAUUUUUCCAAUACAAGUCCGAUGUCAGUGUGCAAACCGUCAAGGCUGUUGUAAAAAAUGUCCAAGACUUCAGCACAUCUCGGGAGAUGAACGAUCUUGGCUUUGUAGUGUUUAAUCUGCAGGCCAAUUUGACACACCUCUUCAACUGGAAUGUGAAACAACUGUUCCUGUACCUGACUGCAGAAUAUAAAACUGAGAAUAAUGUCUUGAACCAGGUUGUUCUUUGGGACAAGAUCAUCAGGAGAGGAGAAGAUGCUCUUCUGUACCUGAGGGACACCAACACAAAGUAUUACUUUUGGGAUGAUGGGAAUGGGCUCAAAGGUAACAAGAAUAUUACACUGUCACUCUCAUGGAAUGUGAUUCCCAAUGCUGGCAGUCUACCCAAUGUCAUAGGCACUGGCCGACAUAGCUUCUCCUUCCCAACAGAGUAUGUCACAUCGAGGAUGUAAAGUAUUGUCAUGGACUUUAUAUUGGUGAUAUAUUCACCAGCGAAUAAACUUUUUUUUUUCUAAACUGUA